UCCACGCGGUAGCGCUGAUCUGCCCCGCGGCCCGGGCUGCUGGCGGUGCGGCUCCCGGGGUCCGGCGGGCACCACGCGGCUCCCGCUCCUCGUGACCGCCCCGCGCCUCCCGGCGUGCCCUGCCCCGCGCCGAGAUCCGGCCCCGCGCCUACGGGUGCGGUUUGUGUGACUGUCCCGGCGGUACGGAGCGCCACAGCAGCCCUGCCCCGCGCCCUGCCCCGCGCCGCUCGUUGCCGCCCCGUGCCUGGCACCGGGAGCGCGCACGCGAGACGCCGCUGUGCCGUGCCCGCCGCCCCGGGACGCCGCGGGGAGCUCCGGACGCGUCUGCGGCGGCCGCUGGAACCGGGCAGCGUACGGGAGACAGUGCGGCUCCGGGAUGUCCCAACUGCCUGCCUUCACUCUUCGAGUCCCUGAGAACGCUGAGAGCGAUGGCCAGGAGCCGAGCCCGGACAAUGAGGGAGCCCUGCACAGCUCCUUCUGCCAGCUUAUCGAGGAGCAGAGCAGCCUGGUGGCAGGGGCGAUAGAAAUGGAGCUGCAGGAGAGGAGCAGAGAGCCCUCGGCUCUCCUGCCUCCCCUGGACCCCAUCGCCUCUACUGGGCUGGAGCUGGAGCAGGGUGAGCAGCACCCCGGCUACGCCACCACCCUUCGCAUCCUGGCCAACAUGCCCAGCCGCACCAUUGGGCGCAGCCGUGGGGCCAUUAUCUCUCAGUACUACAACCGCACGGCGCGGCUGCGGCGUCGGAGCAGCCGUCCAUCCCUGCAGCAGCUCAACCGCACAGCACGGCCCAGCCUGCGGCAGUACGACCUGGAGAGUGACCCAGCCCAUGCCACGCUGGCAGACAAGCAGAGCCUGCUGGCAAAGGAGCUGUUGAGCCUCCCACCUGCACAGCGUAGCCAAGUGCUGAUGGAAGUGCCUCUCAGCCUGGAGGAGAAACGCAGCCUCCGGAGGCAGCUGAGCCAGAAGAGGAGCACCCCGGGGCUACGCGCCCACUCUGCAGAGCCCACCUUUGCCUGUGCAUGUUGGCAGGACUGCAUCGUGCUUGGCUGCCGAACCCUCUGGUACAGGUUCCUGGCACUGGUCCAUGCCGCACAGCCUUGGCACUACGCCUUGAAGCAGAUCAGUGGCCGCUUUGGUUCCAGCGUGCUCUCCUAUUUCCUCUUCCUCAAGACGCUCCUGCUGUUCAACAUCAUCUCCUUCCUCCUCCUUUUGGUUUUUGUGGUGGCCCUGCAAGCUGCCUAUCCCCCUGCUGUGGCCAGCCCCCAUCCCUUCACUGGCCUCGAGCUCCUCACCGGAGUGGGCUCCUUCACUCACUCACUGCUGUACUACGGCUACUACAGCAACACCACCCUGAACGACCCCUCUGCCUCCAGCCCCAGUGGCAGCACGAGCCCCUCCAGAGCCACCCAGCUCCCAUACAACAUGCCACUGGCCUACAUGUUCACCAUUGCGGCCUCCUUCUUUGCCACCUGCAUCCUGCUGAUGUACAGCAUGUACCACUCCUUUCUGAAGAGCUACCGCGUGGGCAGCUCCACAAGGGUCCUGGCCAUCAAAAUCUUCUCUGCGUGGGACUUCAAGGUGGUGCAGAGGCACUCGGUGAAGCUACAGAGUGAGAACAUCUGCACUCAGCUGAAGGAGCUGCUGGCAGAGCAGCAAUUGCGCUCCUGCCCUCUGAGCCUCUCCCAGAGGCUGCGACACAUCACUGUGCUCCUGCUUGCCUGGCUCCUGGCACUGGGCACAGUGCUGGGCUGCGUGGUGGCCGUGUACUACUUCUCAGAGCACAUGCACACGGUGCAGCAGGAACAGGGGGCUGCAGCAGGCAGUGCGUGGCAGCAGGAGGGAGUCCUGCUGGCCCUGCCGCUCAUCGUGUCGCUCCUCAACACGCUGAUGCCCCACUUCUACAACCUGCUGGCAGCAUGGGAGAAGCAGGAUUCCCCAGAGGCAGAGGUCUACGUGGCCAUCUGCAGGAACCUCCUGCUGAAGAUGGUGAUCCUCGGCCUGCUCUGCUACCAGUGGCUAAGCCGCAGACUGAUCUGCUCUGCCAAGGAGUGCUGGGAGACGUGUGUGGGGCAGGACCUGUAUCGCUUUGUGGUGAUGGACUUCAUAUUCACUCUGCUGGAUACCGGUUUUGGGGAGCUGCUCUGGAGGCUGAUCCUGGAGAAGAAGCUGAAGAGUAAGCGGAGGCCUGAGUUUGACAUUGCCCAAAAUGUGCUGGAGCUCAUCUAUGGACAGACCCUGACCUGGCUGGGCGUUCUCUUUGCACCACUCCUGCCAGCAGUGCAAGUACUGAAGCUGCUGCUGCUCUUCUACAUCAAAAAGACCAGUCUGAUGCAGAACUGCCAGUCCCCCAGCAAGCCCUGGCAAGCAUCUCAUAUGAGUACUGUCUUCAUCACACUCCUCUUCUUCCCAUCCUUCUUGGGGGCAGCCAUCUUUGUCUCUUACACAAUCUGGUGGGAGAAGCCAUCAGAAACCUGUGGCCCCUUCCGGGGGCUUCAAACCAUCUACCAAACACCGAAGGUCUGGGUGGAGCUGCUGGAGGAGUCCAACCCCAACAUCGCCUGGUUCAGCUGGAUCCCCCAGUACCUGGUGGAGAACACUGUCUUCCUGUUCUUUCUCUCUGGGAUAGUGCUAGCCGUCAUCUACUUCAACAUCCAGGUGUUGAGAGGGCAGCGCCGGAUCAUCUGCCUGCUGGAGGAGCAGAUUGCCAAUGAGGGAGAGGAUAAAAAAUUCCUCAUUCAGAAGAUUCACUCCAUUUAUGAUCGUAAAGUGCACUGUGCUUGAUGCCAGUGUCACAGACCCAGGAAGGAGCAGGGCAGAACAGGACAGCUCACCAAAAGGGACUGGACCCAGCAGCUGUGUGGCAUUGCGCUGGGAGCAG